AGUCGUCGUAGCCACCUCAUUGCACAACCCGGCUUCCCAACUGUUUACACAGCCCGGCCUGUGAGUGUGUGUGUAUACAGCGUGAGUCACCGGGAGGCGGAGGAGGUGGAGGAAAAGGAGAAGGAGGAGUGCACUGGCUGGGAUCUGUGCGGCGCACACACUCACUCACACUCAGUCACUCUCUCCGAGUGCGUCUCGUUCGCUCAUACACACGCCGGGAGCUCCGGAGCGCGUAGGAUCCCGAGCGCCACCGAAAAGUUGCUCCGGCUUUCGCUCUGGACUUCUUGCUUUGGGAAGCGCAUUUGAUUUGCGUUCUGCGGAGCCUGCGGGAUCCUGUUCUCGCGUCUCGGGACCUCGGGAACGCCGGCCGCAGCCGCUUCUGCCUCUGAAACUGUCGGCAGCCUUGACAACAAUAGCGGCGGCCGCUCCCAGCGAGGUGCACCCAGCCGGUGCUUGCCAGGAUCCGAAGACCCGAGCCGGCCUCCGCCCCCGGACGCGCGGCCAGCGUGGUCCCCGUGUGCCACCAGAGCGCUCAGGAGGGUACUCUUGCUUUGCCCCCUCUGGGGGCCGAGCCCAGCUCUGUCUGCAAACUCCUUGAGGGCUGGAGUAAGUCGCGGCGCCCGCGCCAAGCCCGCAGCGUCUCCCGCGCGGAUCCCAGGACGUACAAAGCCGGGACCAUCCCGUCCCGGGGCGGGAUGCGGGUCGGUCCCGUGCGCUCUGCCAUGAGCGGCGCCUCGCAGCCCCGCGGCCCGACCUUGCUGCUCCCGGCCUCCCGGGGCGCCCCGGCCAAACGCCUACUGGACGCGGACGACCCCGCCGCCGUGGCGGCCAAGUGCCCGCGCCUCUCGGAGUGCUCCAACCAACCGGACUACCUCAGCCCCCCUGGUUCUCCCUGCAGUCCUCAGCCUCCUCCCGCCGCGUCGGGGUCUGGCGACGGCACCGGGAGCUCGCCCGGGCCCAGCCGUAUCGCCGACUACCUACUGCUGCCCCUGGCUGAGCGCGAGCAUGUGUCCCGGGCGUUGUGCAUCCACACGGGCCGCGAGCUGCGCUGCAAGGUGUUUCCCAUUAAACACUACCAGGACAAAAUCAGGCCUUACAUCCAGCUGCCGUCACACAGAAACAUCACUGGCAUCGUGGAAGUGAUCCUUGGGGAAACCAAGGCCUAUGUCUUCUUUGAGAAGGACUUUGGGGACAUGCACUCCUACGUGCGAAGCCGGAAGAGGCUGCGGGAAGAGGAGGCUUCCCGGCUCUUCAAGCAGAUUGUCUCUGCCGUGGCCCACUGUCACCAGUCGGCCAUUGUGCUGGGGGACCUGAAGCUUAGGAAAUUCGUCUUCUCCACGGAGGAGAGAACCCAGCUCAGACUGGAAAGUCUGGAAGAUACCCACAUAAUCAAGGGGGAAGACGACGCCCUGUCAGACAAACACGGCUGCCCAGCCUACGUGAGCCCUGAGAUUCUGAACACCACCGGGACCUACUCCGGAAAGGCGGCGGAUGUUUGGAGCCUCGGGGUGAUGCUCUACACUCUUUUGGUGGGACGCUACCCCUUCCAUGACUCAGACCCCAGUGCCCUGUUCUCCAAAAUCCGCCGGGGACAGUUCUGCAUUCCUGACCACAUUUCCCCCAAAGCCAGGUGCCUCAUUCGCAGCCUCCUGAGGCGGGAGCCUUCCGAGAGACUCACUGCUCCCGAGAUCUUACUCCAUCCCUGGUUCGAGUCCGUCUCGGAACCUGGGUACAUCGACUCAGAAAUGGGAACUUCAGACCAGAUCGUCCCAGAGUACCGGGAGGACAGUGACGUUAGUUCCUUCUUCUGCUAAUCCCAGAAACCUCAGAAACCUCAUAAUUCUCACACAUGGCAUUUCCUUUCCAAAGAUGGACAGGCCUUUCAAUGUGGUGCCAACCAGAUAGGUGAUGGCGUAAAGACUGCAGCUGCUGAACUCGGCGGCAGGGCGCCCCUCUGACUGGCGGUGAUGAGCGACUGCGUUGGUGUGAGCGGCGUGCACUCUGAUUGGCUGCCCUGCAAAGCCGUUCCCCUUCUUCGGGAGCCCUCGCCAACGACCCUUGGUCAGAUUCGAGGGUGGGGGGUCUGCAUCUUUUAUAGGUGGCAAAGAGUAUGGAUACCCUGCGGCGUGUGGUCAGGUGGCACGGACAUUCUAAAGGGAGAGGAAGUGAAUCGCACAAUGGCAUUUGGAGCAAUAACCUAUUUUAACAGGGUGAAUAAUAAUUCGGGCCAAUAAACCUGCCAUCUUUGACUUGUCCUUGGUAGCUAGACUUUUGCCCCCCUAGCUUCUCUCAUUGGAGAGUUCUUCGUUUUUAUUUUUAUUUUUUUGGUUUGGUUUAGCGCUCACCCUUCCUUCACACACUUUGAGCGACCACGCUGCGCCUUCCUGGGGGGCAGACUGUGGUAGCAACGGAGAAGCCUGCCUGCACCGCGAACCCAGACGCUCUCCUCCGUCUCCCGCCAAGACCUCAUUUGCACUUAAUGCCUUCCUCCUGACCUUGAGACGUCUCCCGCCUUCACCCUAAAAGCACUUACCAGCUAACAGUAGAACAGUGUCACGAAUGAUUGGAACUCCUGGCUAUUUCAGAACUCUGAGCUCAGAGACUGCAGACUUAUAACAAUAAUUGGAGCACUUGGAGACUGUUAGCUUUUUUUUGGUUCUUCUCAACUACGUUGACAUUUAUCCUUUGCUUUUUUUUUUUUCCCCAAGACCAUCUCAGGGUGGAGUGUUUUUGUCUAAGAGGAGAAAGACACGGAGUCUCCCCACUCCCCUCUCCCAAGAGCAAAUGUUAAACUCCAGAGAAAGUGAAUUUUGGAUGGUUCUCAGACCAGGUUCCAGAAUUGUACUUUCACCCUGCCGUGGACAUGGUCUGCCCUCGGUAUUCUGUGUGUGUCUGCAGUUCUGCAUGAUGGGUUGUUAAUAUUUCAAACGUGGCGUGAGUACAUCUGUGUAAUCCGCAUCUGGAGGAAAUAGCAAACCCCCACACCUUUGCAGUCAGUAGGGACUUUAAAAGUCCUCUGGUCCAACUUCUCUUCCUGCCACCUCCCAAUGCAGAAAUCCCCUCUUUCUUCACCUUCUUUCACAACUGGGAAUCCUGUCUCUGCUCGAAUGCUUCCAGAGACGGGAACUCACUCCCUGCAGAAGAGAGAGCUUAGCAGAGGAGCUGCAACCUGCAUUAAGAAA